AUGUAUUCUGGCAAUAUAAUUAAUUUGCUGUACCGAGGUUGGGGAAUCCGGCUCAUCGAGAAACUCGGCGGCCAUGCCGUUCAUUCCUCAUUAGUCCUCAACCCUUUGACGCUCACUCGGCUUCAGCCUUAUUAUGGACUCGUUACCCUCCUAUCGCUGGGAAGUAGCGUCAAACAAAUUCUUCACAUUGUCUUAGUUUCCGAGCAAGCUAUGGACGUUGAUUCUGGAUUUACGAUUGCCCUCUUCAACACUAUCUUCAAUACUAUCAACACCAUUCUAUCGCUCUGGGCAGUGACAUCCCCUGUUCUUUCCGGCCUUAAUUCAACAAACCUACUCAACACACUCCUAUCUCCCCAAAUUGCUGCUGGACUAGCAGCCUACGCCAUCGGUCUCUCUGUCGAAGCGAUUUCCGAGUUCCAGCGCAAGGCUUUCAAGCAAGAUACCAAAAACAAAGGAAAGCCGUACGGUGGGGGUCUCUUCUCACUAGCAACCAAUAUCAACUACGGUGCUUACACUGUCUGGCGAGCUGCAUAUGCUUUGACGUGUGGCGGUUUGAUUUGGAGUGCGACAACCUUUACUUUCUUCUUCCGCGAUUUUGCUACGCGGGGCGUUCCUGUCUUGGAUGCGUACAUGACUCGGAGAGUAAGUUAA